GCUCCCCCGCAUUCGUUCCCAUCAGCUGUCACGAGCGCAACGUCCACGAGGAUCGGCAGUUUAAUAUUAUUAAAUAGAAUACGUAGCGCGUUUAUGGAACGUGACAUCGCGAUUCGGAGGGAUAAUCGAGCCUUUGGAAAACUUAUUCGCGCGAAUAAAUAUUUCUUCAUUUUGCACUGAUGGCUGUCAAAGGGUUAAUUUCGGCGAUUGUGCAGUUCCUGACUGACCAAUUACAAGAUGGAGAUAUAACUGCAGAUUCCCGUGAGAGUUUAGAAGUGGCUAUCCAGUGUCUGGAAAGCGCUUACAAUGUACAAGCUUCUGAUGCACCACCAAACUUUAAUAUAUAUCAAGUUUACAAAAAUACAGUAGAGAACUCAACGUCUAACUUAGGCCCUGAAGCUACAGCAGAAUCAAAGGCCGAGGCGGAAAGAUUGAAAAACAUGGGCAAUAUACUUAUGAAACAGGAAAAGCACCAUGAAGCACUUGCCAACUAUACAAAAGCAAUCCAAUUGGAUGGUCGCAAUGCGGUAUAUUAUUGCAAUAGAGCGGCUGUUCAUAGCAAGCUUGGCAAUCAUGCCCUAGCUAUUAAAGAUUGUCACACAGCACUCUCCAUUGAUCCCUCAUAUAGCAAGGCAUAUGGUCGUUUAGGCUUAGCAUAUUCUAGUUUGGAGAGGCAUAAAGAAGCUAAGGAAAGUUACGAAAAGGCUUUAGCAAUGGAACCAGAUAAUGAGAGUUACCGAAAUAAUUUACAAUUAGCGGAAGAGAAAUUGGCUCAGUUAGGUGUUAAUCAGAAUCUGCCUAAUAUGCCUGGUAUGGAUCUGAGUGCCCUUUUAAGCAAUCCUGCUCUAAUGAAUAUGGCGCGCCAGAUGUUAUCCGACCCAGCUAUGCAGAAUAUGAUGUGCAAUCUCAUGUCUAGUAAUGUGGAGGAAGGUGGAAAUCGUAUGGAAGUACUCAUAGAAGCAGGUCAACAAUUGGCACAACAAAUGCAGAAUGCAAACCCCGAGUUAAUCGAAUCACUAAGACGGCAAAUGGGCGGCAAUCCGAACGAUCCAGAACCGCCGCAGCAAAAUUAAAAUAUAUGACUGAUUAUAUGAUAGGAUGUGAACACUGCAUGUGUACAUCAUUUCCUUUCUCAUUCGUUAUGAAAUAGUAUCAUUUUUUAAAACGUCAUAAGGUGAGAUGGCUUCAAUGACAAUUAUUCUAUCGUCAUGUUUAAGGCAAAGUUAACAUGCAUACUACAGAAUUCAUUUUAUAGAUCAGUCAUUAAUUGUGGCUGG